AUCACCGGAGAAAAGACGCACAGGUCGGUGGACUUUCAGCUCUAAACAGUUUUCACUCAUCACUGACAUCUCUUUCAACAACAUGGACGUCUUGUGUUUAUAUAAGGAGGAAAACCCCGUCUCCUCAUAUCGAAAGUAAAAGUAGUCUGACCACAGGAGAACACAAACAGGACUGAGGACUGCUGUGAAACCGUUUUUCAACUUUUCUCUGACUUCUCUUUCAACAACAUGGACGUCUUGUGUUUAUAUAAGGAGGAAAACCCCGUCUCCUCAUAUCGAAAGUAAAAGUAGUCUGACCACAGGAGAACACAAACAGGACUGAGGAGUGCUGUUAAACCGUUUUUCAGCUUUUCACUGACUUCUCUUUAAACAACACAGACGAAGGCAACUGCACCAAGGAAACUAUGCAUGACGUUAAAAAGAGAAUGGAGCCCGAUAGCCAGUCAGCAGGACGCGUGCCAAAGGAAGAGAACAACACCAAGGCUCUCAACAAUGUCUUUAGGAAUGGUUGGUUGAAAUUAGCAGGCCCUGCAUCCAAAUCCUUGGUGAUUGCUUUAUCUGGGUCAGCUUUUGUAGCUUUGUCUGACAACCAUGGAUCGAGAAGAGAGGCAGAAGAACUCACAGAAAUACUGCCAAUGCCAAAAGGAAAAGAGGCUGAUGGAGGUGUUGCAGAAGUACCAGUGAGGGAAGGAACAACACCAACAGAGCCACCAGCGAGGAUUGUCAUCUCAAGAACACCUGCAGCAGGGAAAAGCAUCAAAGUUCUAAAAACAUACAGGAUUGUCCUGCUGGGAGAAACCAAAGCUGGGAAAAGCAGCCUGGCAAACACCAUAUUUGAAGAGGAUGUGUUCAAAGUCAAACAUAGCCCCACUUCUGGAAAAAGUGAAUGUCAAGCAGAUUCAAAAUCUGUUGAUGGAAGAAGAAUUACUCUGAUUGAGACUCUGGAUUUUUUUGGUAAAGAUAGAUCUGAGGAGGAACUGAGGCGAGAAGUGGGGAGGUGCAUGACAGCAAGUGCUCCUGGGCCUCAUGCAUUUUUCAUAGUGUUGAAAGUGGAGAGAUCCCCAGACUACUGGAAGGAUGUCAUCCAGAGAAUAGCUCAAUAUUUACCUGAGGCUUUCAAUUAUGCGGCAGUUGUCUUCACUCACGGUGACCAACUUCAGAAAGGAAUGAAAAUUGAGGAGUUUGUUGAACAGAAUAAAUGUCUCAGUGAUCUGGUGAAGAAGUGCGGAGGGCGUUGUCACGUCGUCAAUAAUAAAUAUUGGACGACAAACCAACAGGGUGACUACAGGAGCAACAAGUUACAGGUGGCAGAGCUGCUUAACACAACAGACAAAAUACUAAUGGAAAACAAAGAAGGCUGUUAUAAGAUGCAGCGAGCAGUUCAGACUGAAAUCGAGAAAGGGGGCAAAAGAAAAGCCGAAGGAGAUGCACCACAAGGGGACCCCAGUGAGACUAACAACGGUGUCUCUAAGGGUACAUGGAUCAAAUUUACAGGCCCUGCAGCAAAAUCAUUGGCAGGAUUAUUUGGGCCAGCUGUUUUGCUGGAAACUGAGGAAAAAGAUGAUGAAGAAGAAGAAGAUGUAGGAGAAGAAAACAAAGUAGAGGAGGAGGAAGAAGAAGAUGUAGGAGAAGAAAACAAAGUAGAGGAGGAAGAAGUGGAAGAAGAAGGUGAAAAAAAAACAAAUGAUGAGGAAUCCGAUCAGAAAGACGAAACAGAAACAGAAAAAACUGCAGAAGACAAGAAGGUGACAGAACUUGAAAAGGGGAAAGAAACAGAGAAAAAGGCAGGAGCCGGUGGUGGACUAUUUACCAUUAUAGGUAGUCUCUUUGGGAUCGUAGGAGUAGUAUUGGCAGGAGCAGGAGCGGGGGCAGCAGGAGCAGUGGCAGUGGCAGUGGCAGUGGCAGUCAGCAGGAGCAUGGGCAGUAAGAGCAGUGGCAGCAGGAGUAGCUUUUAUAGCUCAAAAGAUAUACCAGUUCAUUGAAUUUUUGAAGACCCUACCUAGACUUGUCGCGAUCAUACUGCUGGUGGUUGUCUUCUUCCUCAU